AUGGAAAUUAGAAUUCUUCUAGUCAUUUUCUUCAUUGCCAGCUUCAUCCACGAAUCCGACUCAACCACAUUCACGCUCACCAACCAUUGUCCAUACAAUAUUUGGACGGCUAAUCUAACCUUUACUGGACCACUCUCUUCCACCGACUCCAUAGCGCAACCCUCUCAAAAUUCGAGAGUCAUCAGUGCCCCGCCACAUUGGUCGGGUCGUAUAUGGGCUCGAGCCCCAUGUUCCCAAUUGGUCAGGGCGUAUGGUGGGCAAGACCCCAAAACAUUCUCAUGUAAGACCCGUGAUUGUGAAAUCAAUUGGGAGUCAUGCUUUGGUAAGGGUGGUGUUCCGGGUAUUGGAAGAGGACAAAAUUAUGAAUUCGGUUUCAACAUCCCGAUAAAAGUUAUUCCUUCAAGUGGUUGCCCUACAACAAGUUGUAUAAAGGAUGUAAACGUUGAUUGCGCAAAUGAAAUUGCUAUUACGAAUGUUGGAGAAUCCCAAUCAACCACGCUAACCAUCACAAAUCACUGCCCUUUCACAAUUUGGCCGGCUAUUCUAACCGGUUCAGGUCCAGCAGCUUCCUCCACUGGAUUCGAGCUCGCAUCUCAAGCCUCAACGGAGGUAACCGCGCAACCACAUUGGUCGGGCCGUGUUUGGGCUCGCACACAAUGCUCUAACUCCGGACCAUUUUCAUGCAAAACCGGUGAUUGUGGCAGCAACCAAAUUUCUUGCAAUGGUAAGGGAGGUGCCCCACCCGUGACCUUAAUUGAGUACACACUAGCUGGAAGUGGUAACAAGGAUUUCUUUGACAUCAGCCUUGUUGACGGUUUCAACCUUCCAGUAAAGGUUGUUCCAUCGGGUCGCGGUUGUCAGUCAACAAGCUGCCCAGUGGAUAUAAAUGCUGCAUGCCCGAACGAGUUGGCAAUAAUGAACGGCGGAGCAAAGAUUGGAUGUAAAAGUGCCUGUUUGGCAUUUGGGAAACCGGAGUUUUGUUGUACUGGCUCGUUCGCGAAUGCUAACACCUGCAAGCCGUCAAGUUAUUCGCAAAUAUUUAAGAGCAGGUGCCCUCAAGCAUAUAGCUACGCUUUUGAUGAUAAGACCAGCACUUUUACUUGCCCUAAUGGUGGCAAUUAUCAAAUCACAUUUUGUCCUUAA